AUGAGCAACCCGUCCAACUACAUCGGGCAAGUCCUGAUAAAAUUAGUUCUCGUCGUGUCCGUCGUUAGCAGAACACGGUGUAAAUGGCACCGAUUAUCCGAAGAGUAUUUCGAUAUAUCAUCUGUGGAAAACAACGGCAACGCAGAGUCUGAAUCGGAUGCCCUCGGAAACGGAGCGAACUAUCAGCUGGGAAUUCGGCCUCGAACACUUAGAGAGGAUGAACUCGGUACCACCCAUUCGGGUAGCAUCAAUGCUGCCGUGCAUCAGCCGCUUAGCAUGAGUAGUGAGUUUCAAACUCUAGGACGGUAUAGGAAUUUUGAUGGGAACCAGCCCGUGCUUCACCUCAGGAGGAUAAAUCGUCCCAUGUAUUCACAAAAAAGUUUAACGGGUUCGUUGUUGAGGACGGAUCAUGAUUUGAAUGGGUAUUGUGACAUUGAUCGCAGUUGUCCCGAACUUGCUCAAGCCUUGAGACAACGAAAAACACUGGGAGGUAGUGAAAUAAGAAGUCGUUCGCUUACGCCAGUGGUUUGCAGUUCGUCCAUAAUUGCGGCGAACAGCUACGAAGAUCCAGUUAGCUCCGCGCAACUUUACAGGAAGCCGUCUGAUCAAAGAACAAAGGACAGCUAUGUCAAACACGUCAAAUUCUCCUUUUCUAAAUUAUCUCCUAGAGGGAAUGUACCCUACUGUUCAAGUUCAUUUAAAACCUCUGAAGAUCGCGUGUUCACCGCAGAUAAGCCACAUUAUGCCAGAACUACGACAGCUUUCGAACAGAUGGUUAAACUACGUCACCAUCAGUAUCGGGAUACACUGAAGAAACGCUUCGCAAACGGAGCCAGUGAUAUUCAUCCACCUUGGAGAAUGCAGAACCAGCUGCCUGAUAAGUUCCGGACAUACUACAAACAAGCGUCAAUCAGGAAUUCGGAUGGACAACAACUAACAUCCAACCAUCGAUGCCCGGUCGGGAAUGAGUUUUUUAAACCAAUAACUUCACAAACAAAUAUACCGGAAUGGUCACAAGAACCACUGCACCCAUGUGAGACUGACCAACAGCGCACAUUGCAGCAGAAGUUUGACCGAAUCCAGCGGAAGUCUGAAAGGAAUAUUAGUGUCAGACAAGGCUUGUGCACAGUUGCCAAUGUCCAGCACGACCAAACCGAGGCAUCCACAAUGUUCUUCCCUUCUAGACGUUCGAGGUCAGCAAGUCCUGGGAAGCGUUUAGAAAAUAAUAACAGGCUCGAAACUUGCAGCAACCCGAUCGUUCCGAGAUCACUAACUCAGCAAGAACUUUGUGCUCCGGUGGACCGCCAAUCAAUGAAGUUUAGAACUUCUCCUUUGCCUACUCUAUCUUCUGCAAUCUUCGCUGACGAAUACGUGAGUUGCCUACAUACAGAAAGGCCACUUUUUGCAAAUAUUUGUUUACCUAGCUCCAGUUACAUGAGGGCAACCAUUCAAUUACCGCUACUGCUACAACCAGAGCUGGUAUACAGACGACAGGCUGUGCAGAGCGACGGGUGUCCAGAAGAUUUCUUGAAAAGCCACUACUCACGGAAAGUAGAAGAGCCUUCAACUAACUUUAUCCACAAUAGAGCUUAUCAACUUCUUCAGCCACCAGACGAAAUCCAACCCUGGAUGAGAACAAGUUUAAUGAAGGCAGCGAUCACACAAACCGUGGAGACUCCACUGAUACCUUCAUCUGGUCAGAUUAGAAUGAAUAAGAAAACGGCAAACAAUGAGCAUAUCAGCACUGCCAACUCAGAUUCCAGAAACUCUGCCGAAAUUGGUUCACCAAUUAUUCCUGAGAGUGCAGUUUCUAAUAUAUCAGCUAUCUUGAGACCAGAGAGAAAUGACUUGCUUCCGGACCAUCUGAGACCAGUCUGCGAGAAGAAGCUAAUGCAAACCAACAGUGAGCCGUUGAGCCCCGAAUCAGUGCGUACGCUUUCAUUUCAUGGUGAUUUUGCAGCACACUCACGAAACAGUUCAAUCGACGAAUCAGACCUGGAGUCAAUAGCUGAAUCAAAAAAGUCACAAACACCUGAGGGUAUUAUCAAACAUCUUCUUCAGCUACAACCGCACGCUACUCUAUUUACUCCUCUUUUUACUCAAUCUUUUCCAGCCUUGACACAAAGAGCAAAUGAUCCUCUGCUGGUUGCUAUAUUGUAUCUUCUUACUCAGUAUAUGCAGCAAGAAAAUAAUAUCAUGGAAACGGAACAACGAACCGUGUGCUCCAAUGCUCAGACAUGUUCACCUGGGAGAAAAAAUAUUGCUAAAUGUCCCCUGAGUUGUUCCGGAAGAGACCCAGCAGCUCAGGGACGUACGGGUGAACAAAGUGAGAAUGAAAAUUAUUCAGUAAGUGCUUCACACUCAGAACUACUUAGAAUAAGAACUCAGCCAAGUGCUGUUGCCUCUUCAGGUACCCCCUCACGUCAAGGACAUCAAAAGAGACCAUUUCAAACAGGUAAUGAGGCGACUGAGUUGAAGAACGAUGAGACAAUGAGCAGGAUAAUUAACUAUCUUACAAAAGCGAUUAUCCAAGCUGUUCACAUAUUCCGUCCAGACACCCCAAUAGUAUUCAGCAACUGUACUUGUGAAGUUUUAUCAAAGUCAGGUCGUUCAGAUAAAGAAAACAUGUUCCCACAGGUCAGUUUGAAUGAUCGCUCCACGGCCAGGGAUGAAUUAGCAGCUAAAAGCGAAAAACCAGUGCAAAGCCGAGUUCACGAUGGUUCCACUCUCGGAAAGUUCGAUGUUUCAGUUGUUCUCCCAACUCAAUCUCCAUCGAUAUCUCUUAAUGUAGCGUUACCGGAAGCACAAUUGAGCCCCAGAACGGUGAGCUGCCAGCCCACUGAUCAACCAUGUGAACAUUUACUUUAUAGAAAGCAGUAUUACAAAAACUAUACCACAACAAGUGAACCCCCAAAACAUCUUCAGGGUAGAUCUUCUCAGGGUGUUCAAACUGAACUCUCGCUAUUUGUAACAGAAGAUCGAAUUUCUUCCGAACAAGCCUCAUCAUCGUCGACGUGUACAACGUCUUCGACAAGUCCCCCGCUCCUAGAAACCAACAUUCGAAAAAAUCUCAGCCUAAAGAUUUCAUCACAAGCGUCGGAAAGCCACAGAAGUGACAAUGUCUGUUUUGAUACCAGCGAACAGUUCGAUUGCAUCGAGCAGUCACCAACAGAAUUUGGCGAAUCAUCAACAGAGGCAGCUGAGAAAGGAUCAGAGGAUGAUGCUCACGCAAGUGAACAUCAGUGGCUGCAUCUUUGCAUGGCCACUGGCCCGAUUUUUGAAUCUCACGUUUACAUUCCAGACCGAAACCCGGAAACCACACCAGCCUGUUCAAACCAGAUUUUACCUCAUUCUCCGAAUUCAGAUAUUUGUUUGCAACAGUUUUCACGCGAAAUAUUGAAGUGCUGGCGAAAGGUGAAUGAUCUCCCUACUCUAACCAGUGAACUUACCUCCUUCAUUGAUACUCUUUGGGGUCUAUUUAGGGUGGCAGGUCCACAGCUUUCAUUGGAAGCCUGUCUAGCUCGUUUGAGGAAAUCCUACCGAGUUGAUUUAGAUGCGGCUAUCAACAGCAUGGAACCUCUUGCACAAGCGGAAUGUUCAUUAUUUUCUUUGCUCACCUAUGGAUAUUACCAAGAGCUUCCAACACGGCAUUUCCAACCACCAACAGUCUUUGCCCUACCCAUGGGUCAACCAGGUCUCACAGAACAAACGUUAUGGGAUCCAUGGAGUGAAAUUUGUGCCCUCUAUGCUAUCUUUCUGUUGGCUCAUAGACUCUUAAAGAAUAACAUACGUCUACCCUAUGGUAGCGUCACUGGUUCACCAAGUCAAUGUGGUCCUCAGCUGAACUCAUUAUUAAGUCUAAAUGGAAGACAAUCUCGCCUGGAAAUGAACAGAGAAGAUACAGUCAGAACAGGCUCACUUUCAUCUUUUGGUCCAUCAGAACUUACCCUUAGACACGAUGACUACGAUGUACCUGGGCGUAAAAGUUUGUACCAACGUACACUCAACCUACUGCGUGAAGUGAUUACUCAGUCGACGACGUUUGGCCAGACACUCGAAGAAAUAUCUUCCAUAAAUAAUGAGGUUAGGACGUCUGUAGAUACGGCUAGGAUACAACAGCAAAUGUCUGCAGGAGAACCGACUCAGCCCUCCACCAGUGACACCACGAAGCGAAUCUUCACAGAGGGGCAAAAGCGCACCAGAGAAGAAAUGUGGAAAACAGACGACGAAAAGGACAACAAGAAAAACAGCAGGACAGACGAGGUGAAAGACGAAAGGAAAGACGACAAAGAGGUUCUGUUCGCUGUAGAUAGCGAACAUACCGGCGAUGAUCCACAUCAGACAGAUUCAGUAAACCAACUAAGUAUUGGGAAGGUGACACCCAGAACAAGAAGCCCACGCUCAACAUACAAGGAACGCAGGCUGACUCUGACAAACAGUUCAAAGAAGGGUAGACCCUCAAAGAAAGUAAGCCUUAUGGUACCACGACGCCAUGUAUCACCUUCAAUAUUAUCAUCUCGUCGCUCACUAUUGGCGACCACGGAUUCUGAGCCAGCACAUCGAACUUCUAUCCCCGUUUUCACAGUGAAGUCUGUGGACUCCGGUGCCGUUCACGGUUUGUUUUUGGAUCCACCAGAAGUUGAGGAGUGGGGAGGAAAUUUGGAUUCCAGAUAUCGAAGUAGCACCUACAGAUGGGGCGUCGUUGAUACUGACGAUGAAGCAGAAGAAGAGCAAAAUUGUUUGGAUUCAAAACAUAAAACGGAAACUAAAAAUAUGGGAAGAACCAACCACGGUGUAAGCGAACAACAAAAAAUAACGAACAGUGUGCAAAAUGAGUUCAACGUUUUCAGGACAAGUUCUUGCCCGUCUUUGACCAGUCACACUUCUGAGUACUGUGGUUUUAACCGAAUCUCUCUAAAUGAACCAUCAUCGUUUCAGGAACUAUCAUUCUUGAAUGCGAUUAGUAAUGAUCCUGCAUAUUCGGAUUCCGUUCAAAUUCAAAGUCUUCCGCUUCCUCAGUUGAACGUCAACUCAAACUUCCCAUCGAUUAAUUGUACUUCACACGUGGAACAACCGUCAAGAAUGCACGACCAAUAUUCCAUUUCUGAAGUCCACUGCAGCUCGUUUAGUGUUGAACCGUCACACCCCGGACAAGAAGUUUUUCAACUUAGCCCCAUUUUUAGUACCAGUGUUGGAAAGUAUCCGACACCGACUCGUCUAAAUAUCCUCGGUGACUCCCCAACCAACUGUUUAGAAAACUGUCAAUCUCCUUCCGCCCAGAAUGCAUCUAGUGACGAAACUACUACUCUUUACACGGCAGUUCCUUUUCGAAAUGGGUUUCCCUUAUUGAAUGGUAGUGUUCUUGAUGGCAAAUUUGAUAACACAGCUGCCAUGUUUUUCUCUCCACGUCCCUCACAUCCUUGCAAAAUGUCAGUCACCGAGUCCAAAGUAUGCUGCAACUCUUUUGGUCAAGGUGUUGAGAAUGAUACACACAGGGGACUGCUGAAGAAUACACUAUGUUGCAAAGAUCCUCAAUAUGAACCGCCGAUUAUCAGUGCAGUGACUGUACCAUCUGAAAGUCUGGGCAGCCGACUUUUAGGUAAGGAGUCUGAUCGGAUUUUGUGGUCUUGUUUCCCUCCAGUGGAUGCUGGAUCUCAACGGAAAAUUUCUCCUAAGUCCACUCCAGACAAUGCUGCUAAGCAGGCACCUCAGUUAAGAAGCAGUUCUUUACCACUAAAAAAGGUAUCGAAACACCCAGCGCGAGACAAAAACAAUGCGCCUUGCUUCCGAACUGUGUCAAAUUUACAACGACCUUGUAUGGCCUUGACUGCUCAGAAAAGAAAAAAGAAUGACAGGACAAAAAAGACUGCCCACAUAGUGGCACCUUCCUUGAAAACUCCGCGUCCGGGAAAGAGACAUCAGAGCCUAGCUCUACGCCACACUCGUGACCAAACCGAAGCUUGUUGCAGAAAAUUCCGAAAUGCGAUUGGCAAAAGCAGGUGUACCAAGUCGGCGCAGAAUUCCGUAUGCGUUGAUAGUUUAUACCAUCCACCCAGUAUGGUAGUGGGUAGGACACAGCCAGAAUUAGGUACGUCGCUAUCCAAGUCCCGCAAUAAUGUGAUUUCUCCGCCUUUUGACAGGGUCGAGGUGCUAGAAGCCCCUACCUGUAAUUCAGGUGCCCAAAUCGGGAAGCACCCUUGGAGCCAAACCCAUGUGAGUAGUUUGUGCAAGUUAGAUCUGCGAUCAAAUUUGUUGAGCCACAGUUUGCGCCAAAAUGGUCCCGUAAAAGAUGAACACUACAGUGUUCAAAAUGCCAAAAAAAAGGCAGGGAAGACAACACCUGAAUUUGGAAGGUUGGGGGGUCAGAGCCCAUUUAGAUGCAAGACACGUGACUUAACAUCAGUAGAUGUGGUCAGACCCAUCAAAAUUGAGCAUCGGGAUUUGCAUCACAGACAUGACAAUGCAGCAAAAAUGGUUAAAAAAACUUCCAGCUGUCGGUCACCAACACCAACCAACGAAACUGCCAACAUCGAUUUCCAACCAAAGAGGUUUGUUGAGUCAUGUACUACUGGACUUCCUACAGUCUUCGACGCAAAUUUCCAUCAGUCUAAUAUCUUCCGAGUUCGGAUUCCCUCAACAACAGCCCACAUUUUCAUGACGUCUAACUCCAAUUCAACGAGAAAGGAACACAGCUUACGUAGGCCAUUGCGAAGUACGUAUAUAUCGCAGAAGUUACACAAAGAGCGUCCGAUGGAUGUGCUCUCUCGUAGCGUACCGAAUGCGCGAGUUCGGCGAGCGUCCGCUGGAACCAUUUACGGUCACUGCUCUCACAAUUCUCCGCUCGACGGUUCCCAUGAGAGAGUCCGGUCGCACUCAAACGCAGGAAAUCGUCCUCGCAAAUUCAUAUGUGUGCUGAUGGAUGUCCCAUCCAAUAUUGAAACCAAAAACAGCCAGAAUAUGGCAAACACGACAACAUUUGCCGUAAAAUCUGGUUCACAACUUCACCAAGAACUAUCCGAGCUACUUGAGUCAGAACUGCAGGACAGGCAAACUGAAACAAAGCUUGAUGAACUGAUCAUUUGCGCUCAAAAACUAUCAGGGAUAAAAGGCUUACGUUGGUUUCAGUUAGUUGGUGCGUUUGAUACGAAUUCUGAGGAACCAGAACAUGCUAUGCCAGCAAGGUUGAUCGAAAGACUUACCAAGAGCCAAACUUGGCCAGCUCCAUACAAUACCACCGUCAACACUGCUGGCCCAUUGAGUAUACGUCGGACACGUGCGUCACGAAGGCGUUGCCGAUAUCAGGGCCCCAUUCUUGCAGUCGGUGAAGAAAACGGCACAAAAAAUGGACCAGAUAAAAUGCGUGGCUUCCCAAAAGACGGUUAUGUGAAGGUGCCAGUUCCCAAACAAAAUGAGGACACUGGUGAGACUCAGUCGACCCCGUUUACUUCAAAGCCAAAGAGUAAUGAGCGACGAUUUGAAGUUAUCUCAUCAAAGACUUUGUCCAACUUCAAAUCCAAACCAUUUACGCCUGCUGAUAGAUCACAAAAACAGACCUUUUUGAGGGGAAAAACAGACAUAAUGAAAACUGAGACACCUGGUGCAACAAAGUGGUCAUUAAAAGGACAUCAUACCUGGAACAAACUCUCUACCGCUGAUUCACAUGUUAGGAAAAGUUUUAGUUCAUUCUUUCAAAAGGCUGUAAAGGUUAAAGGAUCUACAAAACCAUCCCCGCCAGCUUACAAAGACAGCAUGAUUGGAGAUGAAUCUGCUCUCAGCUUUUCUCCAAAAGCCGGAACAAAAGAGCCGAAUGGAAAUAUGGAGGAGAAUGGUCAAGACGAUCUUUGCGGUGUCCCACUGGUGGAUUGGGUUGGCAAUUCUCAGACAGCUUUUUCCAUGGUCAAGUGCAACUCAGUUGAAUACGAUUCCAAGUCCUCUCAAAAAGGUGAGACUGUUCUUACAAGACAGGAUGCAGGCACUCAAGGGAGGUGUAGCAAUCCAAAUUGGCUGUUACCUGACUAUUCCUUAUCCAGUGGAAGCAUCAGUUGUGCCUUCGAAAAAUCACGUAGCCUAAGCAUAUCACCGCACAUUCAACACGCUUGUGGAUCGUUCGAGGAGCGGGAAGAGAACGGCAAAAAUGUUCGUCCCAAGAGAAACUUCACCAAAUCAUCAGUUCUCAACUCUGGAUCGCAUGAAGAAUCAAAGCUUUUCGGACUGGUACCUGAGAGAACUUCGAUGGAUAGCCACUCGGAAAGUGCGGUUUAUGAAAGAGUAAUUCCAAGUCAUGGAACCCCAUUACCACAAGUGUACGAUAGAAAUGCAUACUGGGACGUCCGAUUCGAUGCUGAAUCGAAAGAGCCUAAUCGCGCUCCUAAUUUAGAGUCCCUUUCAAUGAAAGAGUCUUUCAGUUUCAGUUACCAAAUACCGACAACAGCAACUGCCGAUCGUCCAUCUGACCCGCCAGAUACAUCCAGUAAAAAACUAGAAAAUCUUUAUCACGUGGCCACAGUUGAUACGCUGACACACAAGUUCAGUGAUCUAUUGGAGAAUCUCGAUAAAUCGACCUACCAUCUUAUGAGCAUUCCACAUGAAACCAUCGUUGAUGUUGUUGCUGCGGGUAUGAGUACUCUAAUAGAAUCCUCACUUGGGUACAGUCUGGACUCUGAAAUUAUUGCCAUCUUGCAGAAUAAACGGGAAGAAUUGGAGCAGGUCAAAUCCCCUCCCGAAUAUUUACAUAAAAUGGAAACAAAUCCUGAAUACCUUGAUGUAUGUAGUAUGAAAACCGGAACCAUAACACGAAAUGACACAAUUUUGGGAGCCUGUAACUGCUUAGCAGUGGGUUCAUUGGAUACACUUCCCCCACUAGAUUUACAUAAACGUACGAAAUCAAGCCAAACUAUCACCCUAGAUACCAAGGGAUGUAGUACGCAGAGUAAUCUUGAGCUCCAGGAUGAACUGACUCACCUGAAGAGUGGGGCGAAAAUCCCUGUACCUCGUCCAAGAACCUCAACAGGGUAUUUGACAAGCACUGGAAGUGAACGUCCCUUUUCAAGACGAAAGACAGUUCCAAAGACAUCGUCCAGCGAAACUCAUUCGAUCAGUAAAAGGUCGGUAGCACAAACAAAAUUUCCCCCAAAAGCAAAGAUUGGUUUACGACAUACGGAAGAAGACUCCAGGUUGGAUGGUAAACGAAUUUCAUCCCGACCAGCAGUAAAGUCAGCGAUCAAAGCGUCAGCUCAGAACUCCGAAACUGAACAAACAUUCAGUGAGCCCAGUUCCAACAGAGCCUCUUCAUCUUCUGAAGUUCCAGGAGUACCUCCGAAAUCUCCACGUCGACGGUGGCCUUCUUCACGCCCUGCGAAGUCAGAAACUUCCGGCACCCAAUCAGAUGAAGAACAUUCAAAUAAACUACUUGGUCAAAAUGAACAGAAAGAAGAGUUGGCCAACGAUGGAUCUCCCUUGUUAACUAGAGCCGUGAUAUACACAUAUUCUACACAAGCAUAUGCGGAGAUUCCAUCGUCCCUAACGGAAAACAUUCACUUUAGGACUAGAUUAGAUGAAAUGCUAGAAACUCCAACCACCACACAAAUGAAAAAUGGGCCAGAAACCAUAGAAAACCUCUUUGGGGAAUAUUUGCUGUCCUCUGUCGAGCAAGUGCACAGGUCUCCGUCUUUUGGUGUACUUGAUACCAUACCAUCCACGGAAAAUGUAUGGAACGAAUCCUUAAUCAAUGUGUCUGAUCGAAGCUUGAAUACCCCUACCCGAAAAGCUUCAGAAAUGAGUCAUCUAGACAGAGAUGACUCUAAAAAGCUACAUACAGAAGUCAAGCCCCGGAAUGGCGUACUUCCAUUAUGCACGCCUGUUGGCGUUUUGCCAGUGAGUUCAUUGUCACAGCUGUCCGUUUUUCAACUCCAACUUACCUGUCAACCCAACGUCACUUAUCAUUGUCAACAAUCACUGAACUCAAAAGGACCUAUAGCAAGUGGUUUUGAGGCAAAAGAAACUGAAUCAAGAAAUGUAGGGGGGAGCAAGCAGGCAGAGCAGUUCCAGCCGUUUCCCGUGCCACCCACGCCGGCUACUGAGAAGUCUGAUAAUGUUAAUAUACGCGUUGGCUCAUCCCCAAAUUCCUCGAUAAGACGUUGUUGCGCUCAAACUACAGUAGAUCCAGAUUACCAAAACGGCCGUUUGAAUGUUUCAGGUGUAGCCGACGCACCCACAGAGAACAUACCGACGAUAAAAAUUACCGCUUUACUUGAUCAUAUUCCACUGGGCACUAUCCAAUUGGGCUUGAACUGGACGAUAACUCCGAUAUCUCCUUCUAAUCCGAGUCUCCCACACCAUUUGGGACAAACGGAGGGUGAAACUGGAUACCCCAGAAUGGAAAAGCCAGUUGGUGAAGAUACUCUAAGGAAGUCGGACUAUAUUCAAUAUACUUCACAAAAAACGGUUACCAGAUCUACAGAAAGGUCUUUAUCGAUUUCCAAAUAUGCAACUGACGCGUCUGACAAAGAGGAAGUUGUCACAACAGAUAAAAUAGAGGCGGGUGUUAGGUCUGAAGAACGUGGGAAAAGAAUAAGAUUAGAGAGCAUGAAUGUUUCACCCUCAUGUUGCAGCAGCUCUUCCGGGCGGUCGGGAAAUGACUUUGGCCGCUUAUCUCCAUUCGAGUCGACAUCCUCCAGCAAACCACCCCCUGUGAACAAGAGACGAGCUAUUAGUCAGGAUUCUAUACCUCCACUCAUUGGCUAUCAAACUGAGGCUUCAGAGUUUGAAGCACCACGGGCUGCAAUAACCGCUCAGUCGAUUCCCUCACCAACAACGGAUAGAUAUGCACAGAGUGCAACUACUGGGUUGGAAUACAGUAACACAACCUCAGAAAAAAGCCAACCUAGCGAGAAGUUCGUUAUCACCCGAAAUGCAAGUUCUAGGCAAGGGUUAUUAAUAAGUGGUUACUCAGCCUCCGAAUUACCCAUGGAUCUUCCCGUGGAUACAAUGAGUCGCAUGCACGGCCAUGUGAUCAAACCACACCCGGAAGAGUGGUUCAAAUGUAGACCAAUUCAUGAUACCCAAAAUCGUGGGAGUUCUGCAGUUGCUGAGCGAACAGCUGCUCGGGAAGGGAGGAAAUCAUCUCCAGAUGUGAAUCCUGCAUUCAGCAACUAUAUGUGUGACCACUCUGUACGGCUCGGUGGUAUGGACGUAUUUCAACAUCCAUACUCUCACGGGAAUAAACCACAGAGCCUAAUCACGUCAGGUUCGGAUCAAGUGCUCAAACCUGCAGCUGUUCUACUUCCAGGUGCUGUAGAAGCUGGCUGUAACUUGACUAUGGGUCUCAAAGAUGAGUCUGCUACCCAAAAAUGUCUGCAUACACGCGAAGUAGAAGCAUACCAACUGGAUGCGCCAAACCAUCAGACAUUUCAGGAACAUAGCGCAGAAAAGUUUACCCCUAAAGAAUCCACUGAUGUCAACCUAAAUCCGUUAAAACGACUGCAAGAUAUCGCAGACAUGGGCGAGAAUGGUGUCAAUAUCUCGCUGGAGUUGAGACACUCUGAAAGUACACAUAGACAAAGUACGGAUGUUCAGAAUCAUGCAGUUCAGAGGAAAGACCUUUUAGAUUUAUCACCUAGAAAAGGAGAUAAAAAAUUAUCAGAAUCCUUUGAACAAGCUCCAUCAAUGGACAGUUGUUUUCGGUCAGUCUCAGGGAUGAGUUUAAUGCAUACUUCAAGUGGUAUUACUGAGAAUGUUCUAAGUGAAUAUGUGAAGACAGCGGGAGUCAAAAUACCGAAAACUAUUCAUUCCGCGAAUAUAGUGCCUACUUCGAAGACAAAAAUUCGCCUGUAUGUCAACAGAAUCUUGCAAGAUGUCAGACGUUUUCGGCUUUCGGCGGCUAAGAGAUUAACACAAGGUUGGCCGUUAUCGACCUGGUUUUGCACAGCAGGUACUGAUGUCAUGUCUCAAAUCUGUUCACCUGAGGGUGGAUUUGACUAUUACUCAUAUAGGCCCGCAGCAGAAGCCCCAUCUCGUUCUUCCAGGACCGUCUUACUAAAACCGAAGGUCUCACCGCAUUCUGCGGGGUACUCGCCGCCAUAUCGCAGUCCCAUAUCUGGUUUAGAGACUGACCGGUCACAAACAUCACAGAGCAAACUAUCAGAAUGUGUAGACACCGAAUCGACUUUUAGCGAUUCGUUCAGUCACAUCGGAGAAGCCUGCGCACCACUUACCUAUUAA